AUGAAUUUGCUCUCGCCUGAUGGAGAAGCACACGAGACUCUCCAGGCGGCGCUAGCUUUCAUCGACGAGUGCGGGGAUGUAUUGUUCAGUGACGAGAACUCUUCCAGUCCCGGUGAAUUUGACUCAACUAAUGUCACCUGGAACAAUAUCACGUUGAACUCAAAUGUACCGAACCAGAGUACAACGAAAACAAUAACCCGUUCGCGACCCAGAGCACAACUCUCCAAACGGAACGUGUCGCGGGAUCGACAGAAACUCGAGAUCCUCCGCCUGCGAGCGGAGGCGGAAUUGCUGCAGAACCGUAUCGCUGACAUGAAAAAGAUACAGGAAGCCGCUGAAAAAGAGUGUGUAAAUGCAACUUCCCAUGUGGUGGAUUCGACUUCAGAGCAACCAAAUGAUCUCCUCUUCGGUGUGUGGAAGGGUCUAGCAAAAAAGUCUCGGCGGCUACGGAGAGAAGCGGAUGCGGAAAAUCGAUACCUUUGUGGUCUAUACAACGACCAAAUGACAACAAUUGAAACGUUGAGGAGACUUUUACAGAUGCAGGAGCAAGUGAAGGUUAGUGUGUAUCUUCGAAACUAUGAGCUCGCAAGUAACCCCCGCUGGUCGACAUGGUACUAUGUUCACUCUACCUUUGACACAGAUGACAACGUUCUAGCAGCAAUUAACCGACUCCAUGGAGAUCUUGGGCAGUUAUUUGCUGAGACGGACCGAGCCUUUAUGUCAAAUGGUCUUGAGGCGUGCAUGUCACCAUUCGCGUUUGCGAAUGUGAACACAACAUCGGACACAACGUCUUACAUUGAGGUUCUAUUCUGUCGAAUCCUACCGUUCGACCACAACACGGUCGGAGACUGCUUCUGGCACGAAAUGAUCAAGUAUGAUGUGGAAAAUGCAGUUGAACGCGGACAGUCACAGCGGGAAGCCAAAGCGGCGGCAGUAUCAUAA